UCUGCAGCUCAGAUCAGCGCUGCCUUGGGGCGGGGAGAGGAGAGGCUUUUCUGGGGCUACAUCAAAGAAGAACUUGCAUUUCCCUGAGAACGAUGCUCCCAGACCUUAGGGAGAAGGGUGGAGCCCCUAGAUGGGCUGCGGAGUCACCCUGCCACAAGAUUCGGGGAUCCGCCCGGCUAGUGGGAGUGGGACUGCUGAUUGCCCUUCUGAGCGCACUUGGCUGCUGCUCCCAGGCCCCAGGUCUGAGCAUGGCAGAAGGGAACACCUUGGUCUCAGUGGAUUAUGAAAUUUUUGGGAAGGUUCAAAGAGUGUUUUUCCGCAAGUACACUCAGGCUGAGGGCAAAAAGCUCGGUUUGGUGGGCUGGGUCCAGAACACCGAUCGGGGCACCGUGCAAGGACAGCUGCAAGGCCCCGUCUCCAAGGUGCGGAGCAUGCAGGAAUGGCUGGAGAAGAGAGGAAGUCCCAAAUCCCACAUCGACAGAGCGAACUUCAACAAUGAGAAAGUCAUCUCAAAGCUGGAUUAUUCAGAUUUUCAAAUUGUAAAAUAAUGACCUGAAUUUUAAUGUUUUCAAAAUUAUCUCCCUCCUUUUUUUUUUACUGACAAAGCACUAUUCUGUGAUCAGUAUUAGCUUUUGUAAGUUAUUUUAGCUGCGCAUUUGAAAGUUACCAUGUAUCACAUGUAUGAUGGAAUGCAAUUGUGUACAAUUCUAACCAAUAAAAACACACUAGAACCUGA